GUCAGCUGACUCUUCCCGGAAGCUUUGAGAAAGUAGACAACCACAGCUAAUCCUCACACACAAAACUUGACUUUUCCAGUUAUUUACGGGAAUUAAUCAUGGAGUCGACCCUCGAACAGCAUCUCGAUGACACCAUGAAGAAUCCAGCAGUUGUCGGUGUGCUCUGCACGGACCAACAAGGACACAACCUGGGCUGCCGCGGCUCCCUGUCUGAUGAACAUGGCGGCGUUGUGUCAGUUUUGUCCAAACAAGCAGCAGCUCUCACCAAAGACCCAACAGACAGUCCAACUGUAUGCCUGGAGUCUGAGUCAGGAAACAUUCUCGUGAGAAGUCAUGGGACCAUCACAGUAGCCGUUCACAAGAUAGCAUCAUGAAGACGACACAGAGGAGGUUUUCUUUUUUUUGUUGUUGUAAAAAAACGUACAUAUAACCAGGCGCAUGAGUGUAGGUACAAAAUUUGAAAGAGCUUUGAGAAAAAUCUUCAGUUUGCAAAAGCAAUCUGGAGUUUGUUGUGUUUAUGAUAUGAUCACAUAUUUUAACCAGAGCAGGCUGUGUUGUUUGUUAACACCUGGAGUGAGAUUCUUAAAUAGAUAAAUAUAUAUUCACAAAUGUGUCAGUAAUGCUAUUGUAUUGAUGUCACGUACAAAUUUGGCUCUAUAUCAUGUUUAUUCCAUGUUAAAGCUUUUUGUUAACAUCCUUUAAUCCAAGUCAGUCGUGCACAGAAAAACAACCCUUAAUAAACUUUAACUCGGCA